AUGUUUCUGUCGUACGCCACCGUGCCCAUGAUACUGUUGAAUUUCUUCUUCUUUUACUCGCCCAUCGAAUCGGCGAUGAACGGAAAGUUCUACGAUACAAAAGGCGGAUACUUUUGUUUCACGUGUGAACCAGAAAAUGGCAACCAAAAGUUCUACUCCGAAGCCGAAUGCAAGAGGGAGUGCAAGGACUUGAGCAAGACGUGCGUUUGUGACGACACUUGUUACGUGUUCAUCGCAAAUGAGGGCAUCGAAAUGGCUAAUUUAGGGAAAUGCAGUAUACCAACCAUUGAUGAACUGGACGUAGUGUGCAAAUAA